AGCAAGUUUCCAAAUAAAUAAGAAAAAUUCAGAAAUGGAUGUUAACUUAAAAAGCAAUGUUCAAGUGAAAUGGGGUUUCUCUACGAAUCCUGGAGAAAGUUAUUUAUCAGGUAAUAUCAAGUUGGCACCACCUGGAAAGGCAGUGGUUAACAUUGCUAUUUUCAAGUCUGAGUUUAAUAUUGUGACGUAUCCAGACUAUUUGGGGAGAGGAUGGUCAGUUACACACAUUCAGAAUACCAAAGAGAUAGUUUUGAACAUCAUUAAAGCGGAAACAAAGGAUGAUGGCGAAUAUACCCUGGAAUUAACAUAUUUGUCAAGUACUGGAACGCCAUUAACAGACACACACGGAAUAAGGCUCAAUGUUCUUGGUAAGUUGCGAAUAUUUAUUACAUGCUUUCGUGGUUUUCUUGGCGUAUGCAUGCAGUGAUACAAUUCUGUUUUAUUUUGUUCAUUUACAAACUGAAUUAUGUCUGUAAUUAUUGAAGAUUCCAAACUCAAUUUUGCAAACAAUUUUACAGUAUACUGUAAUUAUUAAAGAUUGCAUGCAACAAUACAUUGUAUAGCUUCUCCUGCCAAAGCCUAUCCAAAGUUAAGAUUAUUAGUCUUUGGACACAACCCACGAUUCUUUUUCGCGUUGCAUUUCUAGUAGAUUUCCAGACACAAAAUGACAAAAAGACACUGAUCACCGGCUAAUAAAGGAAAUGAAAAUCAAUAUGGCUACGUUCAAUUUCUAAAUAGCAUUUAUUAACUGUAAUGGCAUAAUGGAAGCACAAUAUUUUUUGUAUCAUCUAACACAGUUGUGUUCAGUGUGUCCCAGUUUCUAUUGUUCAUACUCCAUCUACAAAACUUUGCCAAAAAUGGAUCCCAGAAUUCAAAUUUUCUUAUUAGUGUAUACGAAAAAAUUCAGUUUUUUGACAGUUAUGCCCUUGACGUGCGUACUCCGUCUAUAUGCACUGACGACCUUGUGGGCGUAGUUGACUGUCCAUUCGUCGACAUAAGCGACACUUCUUACCCGAAGACCGAAGUUAAUGGAUUGUCUCUAUACGUAAUUAUUCCCAUACUGUAUUUAGAUGCGUUGUUGCUAGCUACUGUACCGAAUGAUUCGUCAGACAAAUCAUGUAUGAUCCAUUGAAUGCAAUUUGCCUUUUUAUUUAGUAAUACCGUAUUAUCCGCCGGGCAGUUUUGAUUCUGGAUCAAAAACGUCUGAUGAAGGCAAAUCAGUGACUAUAAAAUGUGAACCAGAAGGAAGUCCAAAACCAAUUGAAAUUAUCUGGGAAAAGAACAAUGUAAGAAUUAGAAAAACAAAUACUGAUAAUCCAAACCUGGUAUUUAGUAAUGUCACGAGAAAUGACAUCGGGACAUAUGUGUGUAAAGCAAGUAAUAAAGCUGGAAGUGCUUUAACCAAUCCUUCUACACAACUGUCUGUCAAAUGUAAGUAGAUGUUCAAAGUUUCCUUCGUUUUAUUCAGUAAUCACUCGAAAUAAUCAAUGGCGGACACUGUGCGGCGGGGGGGGGGGGGGGGGGGAUAAUUUCGAAAGAACUAUAAAAGUCCGGUACCAAAUAUCACAAUUGACAAACAUUGUUUACUAGGAGGAAGUGGCAAGCAUGCGGUCACACCCAUGUAUAACGUAAUUCUCUGCUCCAGUCUAACGUCCUUUCAGCAGAACUGUCUGUUCAUGCAUGACACAAAGAGCAUAAAUAGUAAGUUAUACAUUGUGACUAGAAAAAAAUGCAAAUACGCUAUAUAAGGUCAUCGCAAAUUAAUGUGGAGAAAGGUAUUAUAAGCAAUUUGUAAUUUCAAAAAGAUCGUAUUUUUGCGAUUUUUAAAAUUUCCUUCAGUGAAACAUUUUUAUUUUCUGCACACAUGAAGCUGAUAUUUAACAAUUAUUGGAUGAGGUUUUUGUGAUAUGCGGAAUUAUCAAGGUCGAGGUAAGCGUUAUCAGCCG